AUGAACAGCCUCAUCGCAUGGUCAAAGGUCGGACUCAUCGUCUACGUCCCCGCAAACCAGCCCCCCGACUCCCCGACAAAAGCAUUCUCAACCUACCUCCACUGCGUCGACGGUCAACACUGGAGCCUCGCGCCCCCCGUCGCCAUCGACGACAUCGCCAUCGUCCAUGAGGGUGCUGCCAUCUCCCAUCUCAGCUGGUGCUUCAUGGGCGUAGAUCUCGCCUGCAUCGACGUCCGCGGCCGUCUCUCCAUCUUCGUCCACAGUUCGAUCCUCAACCACCUCACCUGUGUCUACCAGUCCCCCCCAGUCCCUGAUCAUCCCGGCAAUGCUGUCGUCGGAUUUAAAUGGUGCAACAUCAACAAACUUAUCCUCAUCAACAACACCGCGACCCGCCAAGACAACCACGAAUUCCACUACGGCCUCCACAAACUCAACACCUUCGGCCCCUGGCAUCCAAACAGCUCCAAACAGGCCUGCAUAGCUGUCACAAAGUCCGGUGAGCUUCGCUUCUGGUUCCAGCAGGACGUCAAGUACCAAGAGAUCACCUACGAUCUCGAGCCCAACCUUCGCCGCGAGGACUACUACUCCCUCUCCUCAUUCGGAUCUGACAGAGACGACUCCUUCGUCCUUGCCGUCUACUCCAAAACAAACCACAUCUUCAAGCUCUUCCGCAUCACCAUCCAAUGGAGCAUCGGUACCGUCAAGGCCGGUACUCAGCCAGCCAAACCUGACGUCGACUGGGCUACCAUCCAAGUAAAGCGUCUUUACUGCGACGAGCUCUUCUGCCCGAGCGACAAUAGACUCGAGCUAAGUCAUCUCGAAGUCGUCUCCCCGGCAAAUCACCCCGAAUCGAGACUGAACGUUUUCGCUAUAUUUUCUUCUGAUUCGCGCUCAACAAUACAGAAGAUCGAGGUCGUUAGUCUACCUGUCACUCUGCAUAGCAACUUUGACGCCCUCGGCUUUAGUCGAAACGCGACCCCCGAGGAUCCGAGUGAUAUCGUUCAAUUCAAGGAUUUCCACAAGUUCGACAAGCGACUAAUAAACUUCAGCACCUUAUACGCCGACCAGGUUCUCUCCCUCGCGUUCGCAGACGGUUCCAUCGAGAUGCGUCAACGCAAUGGGUUCUCUGAAAGUGUUCCCAUACUCAACUCCCAAAGCAUCUACAACCUUUUCGAUGCCGGAUUUGGCUUCCCGCCUAUUUCUGGGGCAGAAAAUAUAUGCAUGUCGCCAAACACAGUCGCGUUUGUCGCCCUUGACAAAGCUGGCGAGCUUAAAUACCAUCAGAUGGAACGGAUAGUCACAGGUGAUGCCAGUGAAGUAUCACUAUUGACUGCAGUUGCAAUCGCGCAGCGACACGCAAUCUCAUGCUUCAGCAACCUCUGCAACGGCGACGUAAUGUCAAUCGCUGUCAAAGAAGCAAGCGUCCGCGACGAAGAGUUCACAUUUGCUCUGCUUCGGCAAUGUCACCGAGCAAUGGGCUUUUACCUCGACCUUCCGCGUGAUGUGCAAGCCGACAAGUUCCUCGUCCUUCCAGCCUUACAGAAAUUGCUCAGCUUUCAGGUCUCUCUGGGCCUAAGGGAAGGGUGGAAGCGCACUGCCGCGGGGACUGUUGCGUGGGCAACGCUAAACAUGCGGCUGUUUGCGUUCGCAAUCACAUUCACCCUUAAAGCAUCCUCGAUGUCAAAACUUCCCGGCAGCCAGCUUCAGGAAAGUGACGUGCGCGCUGAAACCCUUGUGACUUUGCUUGGCUUGACGAAAUGGUGCGUGGAUCAUAUGGCGUACCUGGUUCAGGAGAUUUACGAGCUAGUUCUCAACCCGGAGCAUUACCUUGAUCCUGCCACCGAAUCCGUGGCUCUGGUGAUGCUACUCGGCGGAGUACCCCGGCUUUUGAUCCGGUACACACUGAGAGGCCUAAGAGGUCUGGAGCAGAUGAUUUCAAGGAGCGCGAGUCGUGAUCCGGAUCAUAAAUCAAUGACGAGGAUUGCGUUUAAGCAGUUGGAGGAUAUCAUCAAGACCGGGCCUGUUCAGAUAGCCUCUUUCGAGAAGCUGGUGAACGACAUUGAGACAUUUAUGCGAGGCAAUAGUCAUUCAGAUCAAGAGGAGAGACUAUUGCUUGAACAAAGGCUGUUCUUCAAAGGGCGCAUCCCAGUCGAAUUGCAUCCGGCAGUCCACCGGAUCCGCACUGUGUUUCUUCAACGGAUCAAGCCAGAGCUAGACAUACCCACGCUCUACUUUUAUUCCACAGAAUGGCUUGGCCUCGCGGAGAUGCACAAGGACGACACAUACGAGAUGGACGGGUUGAAAAAGCAACUGCUCCUGCCGGGAAAGGAGAUCAAGCGGCGCUGCAUACGAUGCGGCUCGGUCUCCACGAUAGAAGAUUUGAAAUAUGUAAAAUACGCAAGUAACUGGACGAUAGCUUUCCAGCGAAACUGUUUAUGUGGUAGCGCCUGGGUUAGAGACUAG